AUGGCACCCUCGGAGGAUACGAUCAGGAUGCCCCGUUCGUAUCGUGAUGAAGCAAACGAGGAUGAUGGAAGCAGGCAAAGUACGGAUCACGACGUCUCGUUAACAUCAUCAUCUACUUCCACCGUCUAUGGAGACUCGCUCAGGAGUGAAGAUGAGGUCACGCUUGUCAAUGAAUCCACGGGAGACGGUGAAGGUAGCGGUAAACAAACCUCUGGGCCCCGGCUUCUCUCUCCGGACGACACUAUUGAACUCGCUCGUCGCGCGGUUGAAAAUGGGAUUCAGGAGACGAAACGCUCUCUGGCCGGAAGCGAAGCCGUUAGCGACGUGGUGAAGCCAAAAUUGACGAUUGAUCUCGGCCACUCUAAUAUUGUGCGCAUCCCGGAAGCGGUGGUGGAUGCCAUCAAGGACGAAGUUGAACGACUUUCCCUAUCCAACAAUCAUUUAUUUCAUAUUCCAUAUCGCUUCGCCGAAUGCUCUCAUCUUCGAUACCUCAACAUCAGAGCGAACAACUUCCGAGAGUUUCCUAAAGGCGUGUACAAACUUCCCCUUCUUGAAAUCCUGGAUCUCAGCCGCAAUAAGAUCAGUCAUCUGCCGGAAGAAAUCAAAAAAUUGACUUCUUUACGGGUCUUGUCGGUGAUGCAAAAUCGCUUAGAUGACCUUCCCCUCAGUAUUUCGGAUAUGAACAAGCUGCAGAUUUUAAAGGUCGCCGGGAAUCCCUUGCGGUACCCUCUGCGUCGGCUGCUAGAGGCUUCCGACACCGAAAUCGGCCCCUCGACGAUGUCGGAUAACGAGAAGGAGGUCGCCCUGACUGCAGAGCUGAAACGAUUUUUGAAAACCAAACAGCCGGCGGUCACGCCUGACCUCGACGAUAUUAAUGAGAUCGUGUUUGAUACUCCCAAACCUGUGAAGCGUGGGGUCAGCAGCCGUUUCCCUGUGAUUCCGAGCACAGGCGACAGUGCUUCCGACCCGAAAUCUCCAUCGCUCUCGCGGCCUCCUCCAAUCCCGUUGAAGUCUCAUUACCGCAUUGCUUCGGGCCAAGGGCUAGGUUUCCAGAGUGGUAUCCUCCAGCGGCCUGGUGCGAGCAUUAUUCAUGGAAUCAAUGAACGCAAUCGAAGCAACAGCGAAGGCAUCAUCCAGGCGUCACUUGCUGCACGAAGCAAGCGCAUGGGAGUCAUCCGAAAGAAUACAGAUCUGGGGACUCUGGAUGAAAUACGACCGUAUCGAAACAGCCAUUUACGCGGCCUGAGUCACGGCUCUCUCCUCCGCACCAGGCCAUCUGGCACCGCUGGUGGGAGUAACUCGUCCAGUCCGAGUAGCCCAAGGGAGCGUCGACGGUUGAAGGACGGCUUCGUCAAUCGGAUGUCAAGCCUCCCGGAGCACAAGGGCGAAAAAGAGACCCCUGAGCCUAUCAUUGAGAGCGCAAAGGGCAUCCUAUUUGCCUUGUUCCAAGUACAAUCACAUGUUUCGGCUUUGAUCAACGUGAUAAAACGUGACGACACGCGGCGAAACAGCCUCGAAUUGGUUUUUUAUAACGCUUCCACCCAUGUCGAACGCUUAAACGAUGCCCUCGAAGCUGCUGAGAACCCUCGGUCAGAUGAGACGGAGUCCAGACGAUUAUCAAGUGAAUCGGUCAAAAGGGAAUGUGAGACCUGUAUCAUGGCCUACACCCAUGUCGGGACGCAACUGCGCCACAGUUUGGACAAAAUCGUCGCCAACGGUGACGCUCGCUACGUGCGGUCACUGAUGUUAAUGAUAUAUGGAAGUGUGGUGGAGUUGCGCAAUGCAUGUGAAACCCUUGGAGUGCCCAUCCAAAGUGGCAAACAAGGCCCUUCUACAAAAGCGCCGAUCCCGGAUAUUACCAAAGAUUCUUUCAUCUCGGAUGGGGUAUCAGGGCCCACGUCAACUCCCACGCGCGGGAGAGAACCGUCGUUCUCCGUGCGUCGAUUCCGGAGCGACACAACGAUCCAGCAUCCUCAGAUCCCCGUCACGGAGCCUUUACCGGCAGCAGCCAACUACCAGUCUGCCAUUGGUUCUCCCGGACCUAUUUCUACGCCUUUCAGUCUCGAUUCUCGAAGUCGAUCAAGUAGCCGAUCGAACCUCAUCAAUACCUCGGUCCCUUCUUCACUCGCCACCCCUCGUUCGGGCGAGGCUUUCCCUCCAAUGCCUACUGCGGUGGUGCCACGAAUCAACCCUCUGACCGGCUUGGAUGAAUUGGAGGAGGAGAGGAUUUUCGAGAGAAUUUUCCACCAACUGACAGCUGCGUAUACGGCAGCUCUGCAGGCACUACCUGUGGCCCGUCGUCAAUUCGUGCGCUCCCUUGAAGUGGCGGAGCAGGCAGGGGAACCCGAGGGAAUCCGACUACUCUGGACCAACCUCAUUCGCCGUUGCCGUGUGUGCAUAGAAGUGUCUGAAGCGCUCAGCGUCCGCCUUUCGAGUAUGAAGGUCAAGGAACCCGGUGGUGGGAUGCGAAACCAGCGCGAAUUCUGGCAGCUGUGCAAAGCGUUCAUGCAGUCGUUCGUCGAGCUUGUGACGGAUAUGCGCGAGGUCCGGAGCAUGCAGCUUCUUCCUGCGGAUAUCAUUGUCAUCCUCCGUCCUGUACAGAGGGCCAGUAGGGAAGCUGGCCGACUGAUUGAGGCCUCCCCAUGGUCAUAUCUAGCAGACAUGGCCUCCGGGAAUGCACCAGCCAAUAUCUAUGGCCCACCAUUGCAAUCCCAACACUCGCAACAUCAGAUGAGCUCUAGUCUCUCUCCUCAGUCUAUCACCCUUCCCGCGACACCCCUCAGUGCUGCCCUUGGACCUGCAGCGCAGGCAACCGUCCCGUCCACACCGGCCAGUGCGUAUAGCGACAAGUUCUUCGAAGGUGAUGUCUUCCAAAGAGCGGAUUCGCUGCUGUCAAUGCCUAACCAAGCGCCGUUCUUUGCCCGGCGAUGA